AUGAGUGAGAAUGUGACACCUUCUGUCCUGCUCAAGGUCCAGAGCGAGGGUGACAAGAGCAGACUGGGGGAGCUGACCAGGAACCAGGUCCUGCAGGGCCUAAGGAGGUCCCGCCGCGGCCAAGGAAAGGAGGCAGAGACCAAACACUCAACCGCCGCCCAGCGCCGGAGCCCGGCCGGGCCCUUGUCAGGGUCGCUGCCGCCUCCGUCCGCGCCUUGGGCCCCGGGGGCCGCCGCCGACCGACCGACGGGGUGGGCAGCCGGGCCCGGCGGCCGCGAGGGGAGGCAGCGAGGGGCUCGGAGAACGCGCAACCGGCGCCCCGAGGGCAGCGCUCCCGGCCGGUCCCUUCGGGCUCUGGAGCGGGCAGCGCCGCCGCCCCAGUCGGCAGCGAGACGGCCCCAGACGCCCGCCCGCCCCCCGGCACUUACUGGGCCCGGGCCGCGCGGGGCUGCGUGGGGAAGGAGGCGGCCGCCGGCUCGGCGGGAAGUAUGCGGGCGGCCCGGGGCUGCUGAGGUAGCUGCGGCGGGACCGGGCUGCGCUGCGUCUCCCUCAGGUCCCCGGACGGCGGGCGCGGAGCCGGAUCCAGCCCUCGGGUCGCUGCGCCCAGGCCGGCCAGUCCAGGUCCUUUUGUUGUUGUGCAGCUCGCAACAGCUGAUCGGCCGCUCCGCCCGCCGUCGGGCCCCGCCGUCCCGCCCCGAGCCGUGCCGCGCCAGGCCGGGCCCCACCAAUCGGCGGCGCGGGGGCCCCGGGGCCGCCCUGCGAGAGGUUGUCACCAACGCACGUGACCUGGCGCCCGGCCCGCGACGAGCUCCGCUCCGAAACAAGCCCGGGCAACAAAACCCGGGAGCCCAGAGCGGAGGCCGGGGCGAGCGGAAGGGUGGGAGAGAGGGGCUAGGCGGGGGAGGGGAGCGCCGGGGCCGGGGCCGGUUUCCCGGCAGCGGGCGGCAGCGGGGCGCGGAGGAGGUUCUGCCCCGCGACGGAAGUGCAGAGGGGGACCUCUCCCUCAGCGACCCCUCUGACCGAGUGAGAGGUCCGUUUGGGGCACGAAGGACGCGGAACGUUUUUUCCUGUGAGAGGAACGUUAAGGACCCUGGGAGGGCUGGAGCUAACGCCUGCGAGAGCCCCACCUGGCCAGCCUGUGGGUAGACGGGUAGCCCGGGUGCCAGAGGUGGGGGAGCGCGCCGCUGCUGAGCCCAGAUAGAGGAGCGGAGACCACUCAGUCACCGAGCCGGGCCCCACCUGCUGUAGAAACCGCCACUGAGAGCCGGUUGGGCCUGCUGCAGGUUCUGGACUCCGCCUGCCUAUGGGCGAGGCAGAAGGGACUGCGAGACCAGGCCUGAAGGCAGAGAGGUCAGCCGGCUUGGGGGCCUCUGCUCCAGCGGACAACACAAGCACCCUGUGGGAGCGGUCAUCUCCCCAGGCAGGUGCUGCAGCCCUGCUCUCAUAGUAACCCAGGGAACUUAGCGCUCUGUUCUGUUUGCAUACCUGCAAAGAAAGUGUGGGCAUUCAUGCCUGGCCUGCCAACUCGCCAGGUUAUUUAUAGUGACAAGAGAGUGAGGCAGUGGACUUGAAAGUGUUUUCCAAACCAAGGCUCUGUCCACAUAUAGGUGGAUUAACUGGCAAAGGCAGGAAUCCAUCUAAGACGCUAUCUCCACUUCAGAACCAAAGUAUGACGACAAUUACAAGAAGCUAAUUUUUAAAAACUAAAAAAGGCCUACCUUUUUCUAGUUUGAUAAGGUUUAGCAUGGUUAAAGCAACAUGUGAAAUCAUAUGAUCUUGUUAUGAUAGAAAAAAAACCAAUAUGAAGUAGAUCAUUUUUCCAAAGAUGACCACAACAGUAUCCCCUUCAUCAUGAAGGUCUAUUUUUUCUUCCCUUUGAAUCUGGGCUGGCCCUGUGAUUGCUCUGACCAACAGAAUGUGGCAGAAAGAAUGUUCUGGGACUUCCAAGCCUCAGCAGUAAGCAAACCCGAUAGCUUCUGCUCUGUACUUUGGAAAAUGCCAGCCACCCAUAAGGAGAGACCACCCUGCUGUGAGGAAGACCAAGCUACCCACAAGGAGAGGCCAUGUGAAAAGACAGAGAUGCCAGGCCAGCUCUAGCUUUUCAGCUCAUACCAGCUGAGCUACCAGACACGAGUGAAAAAGCCCUUAGGAAGUUCCAGCUCCAGGAGACACCAUAUGGAACAGUUAAACCACCCCCACAGAGUCCUGCCAAAAUGACAGCAUUGUGAACAAAUAAAUGAUUGUUUUAAGGCACUAAAUGUUGGCGUUUAAAGCAGCAAUAGAUAACCAAAACACAGACCUAACAGAAAUGCCCAUCACAGAUCAGUGUCUCUAAACUCCACCAAGUAGAGUGUUUGUGAUGAAAACAUCUUAUCUCAGGAGUCACUUGCUUUCUGUUUACUCUGUUGCUCAUUUAUAAUCUUCCCACCUGGUGCUUGUUUAUCCCAGUGGCAAGGAAGGAGUGACGGGGCAGCAUAGGCAAGUCUGUCCCUAGGAGGGAGGAGUCCUUUACCACUGACAUUGUUUGGAAUAAUAAAAAGCAAACUGACUUUUAGUCAAUUUUAUUUUAAAAUUCUUUGCAGACACACAAAUUUACUGUGUCCUGCCUGCACCUUGGGUGGAUCACUCCCAUUGCCUCCCUCCCUGAUAUGCUACUGGUUUACAUAAAUGCUUGCAGUGAAACUCAGGAGUAAUGUCAUCUCCACAGCAUAGAGCUGUCUGAACACAACCAAACUGUCAAAUCACACAAAUGCAAGCCAGCUUUUCAUCUGUUCACUGACAAAGGCCCAGCCAGGUUCCCUGCCUGGGCAGAUCCAGUGAAUCCAAUCAUCCUUUAAUUCACAGAAUAAUUCUUAGCGUGUUGCUAUAGUACCCACUUCCAGGCUGACCCCUUGCUGUGGGGGUGACCCUUUCCCCAUCUGUCAGAGUCCUCCUGUCUGUUUUCCAUGGAGCUCAAUACACUCCCUUAUCUACCCUAACAAAAGGGAUUCAACCUCAAGUUUUGUUUUGAAGGCUCACAAUAUAGGACCACAUUCACACCAACAACCAGAUACAAUGCAACUAAUGCCUCUGCCUCCUGCUUACAAAAGUAGAUUGUGGCCAUCACCCUGCCAGUUAUAUUGAGGCUGCUAAAGAAUGUUGUUUCCCACCAACCCAUAGGAUGGCUGCUCCGGGCAGCCUCAGAACACAAAGCAACAAGUUCAGUCUAUAAUGAGGAGAAUCCCAAAGUGAAGUCCACUUAGGUCAUUUUCUGUCUACCCAUCAACAGAAUUGGCUAGGCUUCUACCAUGGACACGACAUGUUGCCAAGUGUCUGGGAAAGAAGAAUUUUUUUAAAUUGCACUUUAGACAAACAAUCAGUUAGCAUUCCAAUGACAUCCAUUGUCUUAAGAGAAGGAAAGAAAGGGUCUGUCUGGGUCUCCAGAAAGCCUGGAACAGAAAGAAGCAAGCAAUUCUGCGAUCUCUGCUUUCUGAAAUAAAAACAAAACACACAUCUAACUGGGCUGCCAGUUACCAUCUCAGGAAGGAGUCAAGAAUUAUAGCUUUUUAAGACCCUGCAACCUUUGUGACUUUUGUAUGUUUGUCUGUUUGUGUAACCCUAUAUCCACAUGGUGAUUAAAACAAAAUCCUUAAAAUAAAAAGAAUCUGUGUACUGGCUGAGGCAGCAGAAAGGAGAAAGUAGGCAGGCCCACAUCAUUCAGUCACCAGUGCUAGGGAGGAGUCCCCAAGAGCUGGGGUAGCCUGCUCUCGAUUGUGGCUGACUGAUGAUUGCUCCAGGCCUAGAAUAAUUUCUCCAGUUUCUGGAAAGUCCUAAUUUUUAAGGCUUCUUAGUUUCUGGGUGAAUGUACAGAUAAAAACCCAAUUAUUAGGUUAAAACUUAAAGCAGAGUCUGGGCACAGUAGCUCAUACCUGUAAUCCCAGCACUUUGGGAGGCCAAGGCAGGCAGAUAACCUGAGAUCAGGAGUUCAAGACCAGCCUGACCAACAUGGAGAAACCCUGUCUGUACUAAAAAUACAAAAUUAGCCAGGCAUGGUGGUGCAUGGCUGUAAUCCUAGCUACUCAGGAGGCUGAGGCACAAGAAUCAUUUGAACCCAGAAGGCAGAGGUUGCAGUGAGCUGAGAUCGUGCCACUGCACUUCAGCAUGGGCAACAAGGGCGAAACUCUGUCUCAAAAAAACAAAAAAAAACAACAAAAAAACUUAGAGCAGAAAGCAAGGUCAUCCCUUAAUGGAUAUGGCCUAGAGACGUGAUACAGAAGUGCCCUUCGUACACCACCCCAGCUCCAAGGAGCCCUGAAGCUUGAAGAGGCUCAUUGUGUAGGGCAGAUAUGACUCGGUCUUGGGCGGUUGUCAGAGGUUAGCUGAAGUGUGUGAGCAAAGGUCUUUUAUAACUCCUGCUGCCAAAGCGACUUUUUCACUCACACUGCUACUUCUGGGCACUGCCCAACAAUCCACAUGUGCCAGAGGCAACCCGAGGUGGGUCUGUAACCAUGAAUUGCUUUGUUAUGAUGACAGCUUGACUAAAAGUUCCUUUCUGCCCUUUUCAAAAGGAUGCAGACAAUAUGGUUACUACUUACAUAAGCCACACUCUGCCAUUUAAGGA